AUGGAAUUGGAAGAAAAAGUGAAAAAGCUCGAAAAAGAGUUCCCUGGUUUAUCCAAGCUUCUUAUUAAGAGGACUCUUUGUGAUGAUGACGUCAGAGAGGACCUUACAGAAGCAAGACAAAAGUUGCAGAAGUUCACGAAAGGCCCUUUUUUAAUCAAUCCAGCAGCGGCGGCCGAUGAUAAAGAAUUGGAAGGGAAUCGUUAUAGCCCUCAUUUGGACGGACUCAGCAACAUAAGAAACACUUUGUGUGAAGAAGGUGAUGCACCAAAAACUAAGAAUUCAUUUCGAGACAGCCUCGAUGGAUCUGUUGUCCGAGGCGGAUCUGCCACUGGUAAUCGACCAACGCCAUUCCAGUUGCCUAAUACUGAAGAACGUGCCUUAAAUGGUCGACAAGCAGGGUUUGUCACUGAGCUCUCAAACCUCGUCUCCACGGGUUUGAAAAUUGCCGGUCCACCAAAAUACUUAGCAUCAGAAAACAGCGAAAUACCAAGGAAAAGAUCGGUGAUCGAUUCCAACACAAAACUUGGGGGUAUUCAGGAGAAGACUAACGCGAAGCAAGUACCCGAUCCACCGAAACCAAAACCAAAACCAAACUGGAGGAAACAGCGAGAUUUUCAGGAGAGCGCCCAUUAUCUAGAAGCUGAAGAUCACUCUCACUUCACGCCAAGGCAACUGAACGAACGAGAUCGAGGAAGUAAAGACUCUCAUGGAAGGCAGGUGCUUCCAGUAUCCCUGAGGGAGAUUGGCAGCAGAGAAACUUCGGCCCCCAGUUCUUUUGAUGAUUCAGAUAGAGAGAAGGUCAGACAAAAUGAACCCAGCAGACGCGGACAGGGAGACCGUGGUAGGACACGGAACCGCGGUAGUCACAGAGGGCGCGGUCAAACUGGAAUACGACGAGCAGAGAGCAUUUCCGGUGUGACGGGAGAGGGGCCUGCUGACAACGUGAAAGACGAAGAUGGUCGGUCUCAAUUUGAAAGAAAUAAGUUACUCGUCAGAGGGCUAGCAGAGGAAACAUCUCAAGACGGAUUGUUGAACUUUAUCGAGGCAAAGAGCAGUGGGCAAGAAGUUGAGGACGUACAGAUUCUCAAGAAUGGAAAUGCCUUGGUCAUCAUGGCUGAUGAUAUUAAAGAUUUCAGAAAAAUCAAGACCAAAUGCGAGGAAAGAGGUCUGGAUGGUGCGCAAGUUUCCAUUGAACAAGUCCCGGUUUGCAAAAGCAUCCUUGUCACUGGCUUUUCUGAAAAUGUUACCCAUGAUUUUAUUGAACUGUACUUUGAGAGUCGUCGAAACGGUGGGGGUCCUGUGGAGAAGGUUCACUAUAGACCUAAAAGUGGUCGAGCUGUGGUUGUGUUCCAAGACGCAAAAGAUAUGGAAAAGGUGAUAACCAGACACGAAGAGAAACCUCAUGUGUUACAACAAACCCAGGUGUCAAUUAAAGUUUACCAAGAGUUUCUAGAGGGUGAAGACGCUGAUUUAGCAGAUGGUUCAGGUGACUUAGGAGCUUGUGCAACCGGAGCCAGUGAAGCUCGAGUGAGCAAGAAGCCCGAUGCCAAAACACAACAGCUACACAUAGCGGUGGAUCCAGAUGUCAUGGAAUACGUCAAUUCCACAGGAUUUCAAGCUGAACUGAACAAUUCGCUGGCUGUAAAGAAGAGCGAAAUCACUUGGAAACCUAACAGCAAAAUGGCUGUAAUAGUGUACCGUGGGGAAGACGACAGCGAUUCCUGGCAAUCUGAACGCAUUGACCAGGUGCAAAGUUAUCUCGGCAAGUUUGCAAAGUGUGAUGUGCAGGUCACCAAGGAUUUUUGGGAAGCCGUGGUAGCCAAUGUUCCCAGCAUUCGCGCCUGCUUGGGAGUUGAUCCCCCGCUGGUCAAGGCUAUUUCAGAUUCAAAUGUUGCAAGGAUCGUUUCAUUGGGAACAGAUGUGAAAAGUAACGAGGAAAAAGUGAAGUCUAAGUUAGAAGAAAUCUACCGCGAGGAGACUAGAAAAACUUACCUAAAGAAGAAAAUUCCAAAUGUUCCCGAGGAGCGUUUAAUUUUGCUGAAGAAAAUAAAAUUUGCUGAGAAACUUCAAGAGAAGAACAAAGAGUUGGAGAUCAAGUUCGACACUGAAGCUGAAGAAAUAUAUUUUGAAGGUCCCCGGCCACAGUUUACUGAAGCAACCAUGAAGUUCUACAAACAAAUGGCUGACAUGGUUGAAAAGAAACUUACUUUAUCCGUCAGCAUCCUGGAGAUUUUAAACACGGAUGAAGGACUUCAGACAGUAAAACGUGAGUUGGAAAGAAACAACGUGGAAGCAGUGUUCGUUAUUGAGAAAGACGCCACCAUAGUGGGAUCAUCAGCAGCCCAUGCAGACAACGCAGCGAGGCUCGUGAACAAAUUAAUGCUGGAAGAGAAAGUUCAAGUGGACGAGAAAAGCAAACAUUUGUUGAAGUCAGCUGAGUGGCUGAAAUUGUGUGAUGAAAUGAACCAAACGGCUGUACGUGUCCAUAGGAAUAACUGGAGCGAUACAUACGUGGCCGGGUUCAAAGAUGACGUCACCGAAGUGAUUAAGAAGUUUAAUACCUUCCUUGAAAACAAUUGUAUUAGGGAGGAAAGUUUUGUGUGCGCGUCUGAUAUUGAGCGGAGGUAUCUUCUUGAACUCCGUCAAGACGAUCUACGCGCCAUACAAGAUCAACUGAAAGAUUUUGUAGUGAAUAUCAAAAAAGGAAAAGACGAUGAUGAUUUUGUCAUUUCUGGAAACAGAGAGGGUUUGAAACGUGUAAAAAAGGAGAUAGGCGCUCUGAUAAAUGCCACUGAGUCGAAAACCUUUGAGGUGAAACAGCCAGGCCUUCGAAAAUACUUUGAUAGUGGAAAAGGAGAUCGGCUGGUGAAAUCGGUGGAAAAAGACCAAGAUUGUGCCAUAAAAGUCCAGGAAAAUUUAGGUCGAGGAAGAAGGGACGAGGAGUUGCGCCUCGAAUCCGUAUCCGACGGUUCUACUUCUUCAGUUGACAGUGAAGAUGAUGCUGAGGAUGACCAAGCUACCGCUUUUGGAACUGACGCGUCUACCUUGGUAAUUGCCCAAAGGCACAAAGUGUCGUGGAAACCUGGAAACAUAGAGGCAGAGAAGGCGGACGUACUAGUCAGUUCUCAAGGAGCAUGCGAUCAAGCAAUCAUUAAAGCCGGUGGUCCUCAGGCCGCGACUCCCAACGUUGGUGACAUUACUGUCUCAGGUGGUUUUUCCUCGGUCAGUCACGUGAUUCACACUAACUGCUGUAAGUGGAACAACGGCGGAGGGGAACCGACGCUACGGGCCAUCGUUCAAAAGUGCCUGCAAACAGGCGAAACGCUUGGAGCGAAUUCCAUUGCAUUUCCCGUCAUUGGAACUGGAAACUUACACUUCCCACGCGAUACAGCCUCGAGAAUCAUGUUAGAUGAAACUGUAAAUUUCUGCCGAACUAACCCCGCUUCUAAUUUACGGGACAUCCGAUUUGUCGUGUUUAACCAAGAUCAAACAUUAACUGCUGCCUUCAAACAAGAGAUGGACAAAUUGCAACCCCAGCUAACUGGCCACUCCGCCAUCGCAAGCGUAGCAAAAGGAAUACGUUCCUUCUUUUGAAGAAAGAAAACAGAGGGGACAUCGGGU